AUGGCUAACUUACACAGAAAGAAGAUCAUUUCUUUGGUGGUGUCUUCAUUCGUGGCAUUAGCAUCAGGAACGCCAUAUUUAUAUGGAAUGUAUUCACCUCAACUUAUUACUAGAUGCAACUUUUCAGCCCUAGCAUCAUCAUAUUUAUCCUUAGCCAGUAACAUCGGCUCAUCUAUUGGUGGAUUUUUUGCUGGCUUGCUUAUAGAUAGCUACGGAACACAGGUUGCAACAGCUCUUGGAACCUUGAUGGAGUUCAGUGGAUUCUACAUUCUUUAUCUUAGUUACAAACAUGCUUGGCAUAAAUUUCCACUUCUUCUGCUAGCCAUGAUAAAUGUAGGGUUUGGUUCCGUCUUGGCAUACUUUUCCACUAUUAAAGUGUCCACAAUCAAUUUUCCCCAGUGCAAGGGGAUGGCAAAUGCUCUCCCUGUUUCAGCGUAUGGGCUUGCUGCCUUAUUCUAUGCUUUAAUUGCUGGGUAUUUCUUUUCUGACAACACACAGGGUCUGCUCCAUUUCAUAUCAAUAUUUGCAGGCCUUAUCAUUGGAGCUGGCACAUACUUUGUUAGGCUAUACGAGGAUGAAGAUGAGAACAAACCAGGUCAAAAUUCUUCGGCAUUACCAAAUGACACGGAGGCUAUACUCGUGCAAGAAUCUCCAAUGGAAGCGAGAGCGGAUACGGAAGUAUCAAAACCUCAAAAAGCACUUUCAUAUCUUUUGAAAGGCCACCGUGGCUCAAUGGCUCAGGUCAAUUUAAUCAGAACCGAAUCUUCAGGAUCACUUUUUUCAACUGCAUCUGAAGUCUCUUCUCUCGCGUCAUCGAUGUCACGAUCUUCUUCGUACAUGUCGGUGAAUUCUGAUUCACAAUCGUCAAAUGAUGGAUUUGCAUCAUCAAAUAGCGUAACACCUAACACAACCGGUGGAAAACCACACGGAAGUCGUGCUUUCCCCAUUGACAUGCCUCACCAACGACAAUCAUUUACGGAUUUGUCGAUGUCGGCUCCGGAUAAUCUUGUUGCUCUAUCCAGACGCUCGUCAUCCCAUCCAUCAGUCUUUGCACACUUGCACUCAAGAUCAUCAUCGCAGUCUCAUGAAUCCUCUCCACAUCACUUUCCUGCAUCGUGGAUUGGCUCUGCGGCACAUGAAAGAAUGACAUAUGGCCAAUUUUCUGCUCCUAAGAGACAUAGCAGCAACAAAACCAGUAGUGGAAUUGAUGCAAGCUAUAAGGAGUCGCAACAUAAACUUCAAAGAGCUGGUUCGGAUGCUAUAAGCUUUUCAGCUGAUGCUCAUAUCACAUCGCAGGAAGAGAAGAAACUAGAUUUACAACAAAUUUCUAACGGUAGUCCAGAGUAUAAGAUUUCGUCGCCGGAAAGUGGAAGUUCAGAUGAAGAUAUGUCCAGAUUUUUGGAAAUUCUGAAUAAGCGGAAAGCCGAAAUCAAUAAGAUAGAACAUCACCAUCAUGGAAAGCAUAGAAAGAAAAGAAAGCAUACUUCUGUCAAAGAGCACGUUCUUGAACUUAUGAAGAAUAAACUAUUUAUAUCUCAUUAUGUUAUGAAUGCAAUGUUUUGCGCUAUCGGUCAGGUGUAUAUUUUUGGUGUCGGCUUUAUUGUCAAAGCGCAGUUGAACAACCAGAAAUUUUCAUCAACGUCCGUAUUAGCAAAAUUGAUAUACGUAUUUGGUGCAAAGAAACCAGAUGAAGAUCUUGCCUCACCUUUUCAGGCACUUCAAGUGUCUAUUAUUUCUUUUGCCAACUUUUUGGGUAGACUUCUGGCUGGACCAAUGAGCGAUCUUUUCUCAAAGAGCCUUAACUUUAACAGGAUGUGGGUAGUUGUGAUUGCACUAAUAUUAUCAACGAUAGGACAACUUUCUCUCAUAUUUUUUAAUGAUCUUAAUGUACUUUCGUUGUCAUCUCUGCUCAUUGGAAUGGGCUAUGGUGCAGUCUAUGGAACACUUCCUGCGGUGGUGGCUGAAACAUUUGGUUCAGGUAACUUUGCGACAACUUGGGCUUUAAUGGGUACAGGUCCAAUUAUGGCUUUUCUGGCCCUCAGCGACUAUUUUGGAAACGAGUAUGAUAGACAUAGUCAAUUAGCAGAUGACGGUCAUGGGGAGCUGACAAGAGUUUGUCUUAGGGGCGGAUUAUGUUAUAGAAAUGUCUUUAUUUUUAACACUUUCCUAUGCUGUUUGGCAAUGAUGGGUUACUUGGCUAUAAUCAAAUAUUGUCCUAAUAAAAUGAAGGAAGAUGAAAAUUCGAAGGGGGUUUGA